CCGCGCUAUAAACCCGCGCGCGGCCGCCGCCGCUUAAAGGGGCCGCGGGCGGUGCGAGGCAUUUCCCUGGAAAUGAGGAAUUUCCCUGGAGUUCUCUCCUUGAACCCCAAUCGCGGACAGAUGUUUCCCGCUGGGCUCUGGCUCUAGGAUGCUGGAGAACCGGGAGGAAGAGCUGACCACAGUGCGGGUGCAGGAUCCGCGCGUGCAGAACGAGGGCUCCUGGAACUCCUACGUGGAUUACAAGAUCUUCCUGCACACCAACAGCAAGGCCUUCACCGCCAAGACGUCGUGCGUGCGGCGCCGCUACCGGGAGUUCGUGUGGCUGCGGCGGCAGCUGCAGCGCAACGCCGGCCUGGUGCCGGUGCCGGAGCUGCCGGGGAAAUCCGCGUUCUUCGUGGGCAGCACGGAUGAGUUCAUCGAGAGGCGCCGGCAGGGGCUGCAGCACUUCCUGGAGAGGGUGGUGCAGAGCGCGGUGCUGCUGUCCGACAGCCGCCUGCACCUGUUCCUGCAGAGCCAGCUGCCCGUGCCCGCCAUCGAGGCCUGCGUGCAGGGCCGGGGCCCGCACUCGGUCACCGAGGCCAUCCUGCACUACGCCAUGGCCGGGCCGGCCUGGGGACAGCGCGGGGACAGCGCGGGGCUGGCCUGGGCGCGGCGCGGGGACAGCGACAGCGCGGGGCUGCCCGCGGCCAGCUGUGCCAGCCUGGAGAGCUUCCCCUACUGGGGUGACUUCGGCAUGGAUGAGGCGCGGCCGGAGAGCCCCGAGCGUCCGGCCGGACACCCGGUGACCCCUCUGGACAGCCCAGAGCGUCCAACUGGACACGGAGUGACCCCUAAGGAGAGCCUGGGACUCCCGGAAUUCCCAGCCGGACACUGAGUGACCCCUCUGGACACCCCCAGGCCCCGCAGCCCUCGCUGGGAGAGGGGUCAGCGCCGCUGGGAUGGCCGGACUGGGAGCACUGGGAGCACUGGGAGCACUGGGAAUGCGGCCCCAGCCGUGGCCGAGCUCUUCCCCAGCACAUUCCUGAUAUUCCCUGAUAUUCCCGGCAGCGUUUUCCUCACUCUGCUCCUGCUCAGAUCCCUCUGGAAUCCCCAAACUGGGCUCAGAUCCCUCUGGAAUCCCCAAACUGGGCUCAGAUCCCUCUGGAAUUCCCAAACUGGGCUCAAAUCCUGGAAUCCCCAAACUGGGCUCGGAUCCUGGAAUCCCCAAACUGGGCUCAGAUCCCUCUGGAAUUCCCAAACUGGGCUCGGAUCCUGGAAUCCCCAAACUGGGCUCGGAUCCCUCUGGAAUCCCCAACCCGGGACAAUCUGAGCCGAGCUCCCCUCCGGGAGAAGGGAGGGACGGGGCUGGAAUUUGUGUCCCCUUCCCUCUGGGGCUGUUCCAGGGAUUUUGGGGAAAGCGGGAGCGGCUCGGGUGGUUUUGGUGUCUUCCCCUCCCUCGGCACUUGGUGUGGGCAGGAAGUAAAAACGUAAAAAAAUAAAAAUAAAUAAACAAAGC